AUGAAGACCUCGAGAGACUGGCUGCUCGCACUCUUCGUGCUGUCAUUCAUGCUGUACGCCAACGCUGAUGAGAUUUUCUCCAAGUUUAGAUUUUACCAUUUAGCCAAGGCGUGGAAGCCCCAGUUGGUCGCUGAGGCGGCGGCUUCGAUGCUCAUCGGCUUUGCCGCUACUACUUUCGAUGAUGUACGUCUAGUGGCUCUGAUACCGUGCCUGCUUACCUAUGCAUUGCGACAGAAGGUUACUGGCAACACCUUUACCACAAUGCUCGGGAUGCUCACCGGAGAGUUCCGACACUCCCAAGCGACGUUGAUUAUGAUAAUGCAACUCGUGGGAUCAGUUUUCGGCGGAGCGAUGCACUAUUUGUUCAUGUAUAGCACUCAUGCUACGGCACCAAUGCUGUUGAACAUCAUCGUGAGCCGUCUCACAGUGCAGUGGGCCGGCCUUAGGUCGGGUAUGCUCACAUCUUCGGAGGCAGCUCCUGGUGGUAUGGUAUUUAGUGACGCUCUGUGGGCAUCAGGACUGCUCCUGUUGUCCGUGGCUUUGGCUGCAGCAUAUCUAUUGAGCUCGAGGAACGUCGGCUUGGGUAUGCUGUUGAGCAGUUUUGCAGUGGGCAGCAUCUCCCUGGCAACUCCCACUAAAGGGGCCCUCGCAGCCGCCGUGUUGUACGAGGCGCUGCCCAGCCGUGUUGCAGUUACCGUCGCUGACCUCUCGGCUGGUCACUUGCCGUGUGCCUUUCCAAUAGCGUUCGCUUCAACGCUCAUCGGAGGUGCUGUGGCUGGGCUACUCUCGAAAACGACUGGCGUGCCUGCUGUGGCAGUGAUCCCAACAGCUGAUGGAGUUACGCUAGAGGCCAUCACAUCAGCACUAAUCGCCUUUGCCAUCGCGGGAAGAGUACCGCAUAAGUCCAUCAUCGUUGGAGGUCUCAUAUACUUUGGUUGCAUUCAAGACAGUCGAGUCAUCCCAACCGUUUCCGAGUUGGUCGGCUCCAGCGUUCAAGGGCUACUAUCUGAUAACCACCAAGCUUAUGCUAAUCUACUAGGAAGUCGGCUCUUUUGGCAAUUCCUGGGAGGCUUCAUUGGUGCCGGGAUGCACUCCUUCUUACUUGGCCACAUUCAGACCGAUGCUGAACGCUUAGCUGAUAAGGAGAAAGAUCGACUCCGUCAAGAGAAGCAUGAUAAGGAGAGGGCUGAGGCAGAGGCUGCCAAGAAGAGGGUAAAGGAUUACAAGAAGGGUGCCAUUGAUGAUAAGAAGAAACAAUAAGUAGAUGAUGGCACAAGUUGG